AUGCUGCACACUUUCAUUUGCCUUGCUGCUAUCGCUUGCGCAAGAAUAUGUCUCAUCGGCGGAAGACCCAACCAACCCCCCAGCCAAAUAUGCCGUGAGCUAGGAUGCCCAAGUGUUAUGGCCACAACGCAGAACCUACCGCACUUACUUGAUGUUCUAAGACGGUCAGGAGUUGAGGCAGCCGCUGUAAACGGAUGGAACGGUGUUUACAGCGACCUUGUUCUCAGAUCGAAUGGCGCAUUGGCACCCUACAACCCCCAAACAAACAACGCCAAUGCCGCCUUCUGUGUAUUUGGAUAUCAACAACCUGUCGGAACACCAGUGCCAGUCCCCUGUGCACAACCCUUACAGCCAACCUACCGCCCACCAACCAUAGAGAUCUCGUCCGCGUGUCUCAAGCCUCAGCAGCCCCACUCCCAAUUGACGACCUUACAGCCAACCUACCGCCCACCAACCAUAGAGAUCUCUUCCACGUGUCUCAAGCCCCAGCAGCCCCACUCCCAAUUGACGACCUUACAGCCAACCUACCGCCCACCAACCAUAGAAAUUGCAUCUCCCUGUCACAGGCCUCAGCCGCAUUCCCUGCCAGGCUAUCCAAAUGUGAACCGGUGCCUAUUCAACAUGAGCAAUCCUUCCUAUGAUGACAGAAUGUCACCAGACAGAAAUACACACGCAGAAUACUCAGAUGUAGAUGAGCACAGUCGCUAUUCGGAACCAUCGAGUGACACCAACAAUGGUUUUUACAACCAACGGCCCCGGUCGCGGAGUCAUUCAACCAAUCAACUGUGGCCAUCACCAAUGCCCAAAUGUCUACCGGUGAACAUCUCAGCCUCUAGUCCCUGUGGAUCAGUUCUGCCCAAGCAAUGGCAACGCCAUUGCUAUCCAAAGGAGCACCACAGAAAGCCAUUGUACCCGCUGAUACGGUACAACUACAAUUUCAACUACUACUACGUUGUCAAUCCCUUUGAGGAGAACAACCAUCCCAGCUUGUGUAAGAAUUCGUACGUGUAUCCGUACAAGAGGCACAGAAAGAGAAGAAAAUGUCCGUUGAUCCGAAAGCUUGAACAUUGCAUACGGUGCAAACCACAUGAGCGGUGCAUGGGGGAAGCAUCGUUUUGUGAUCCGUGCCAGAGAAAGGGAUUUGAUGUGAAAAUUUGUAAAGAAAAAGAGGAAAGGAGCGAUGAAAGAUGUAAAGAUAGAUGUGAGGAAAGAAGUGAAGAAAGAUUUGAUGAUAGAAGCGAUGAUAGAAGUUCAUCUCACUGCCGUUUGAAGAGAGAAAGGGAUUCGAGUGAAAGAUCGAUGUUCGAACGCGAAGGGGCUAUCGCGUAG